AUGUCCAGCCUGGCCUUCGCGCUGGCCUUCCUGCAGCGCAUGGACAUGAAGCCGCUGGUGGUGCUGGGGCUGCCGGCGCCCACAGCGCCCUCUGGCUGCCUUUCCUUCUGGGAGGCCAAGGCGCAGCUCGCUCAGAGUUGCAAGGUGCUGGUGGACGCGCUCCGGCAAAACGCCGCGACAGCUGUGCCCUUUUUUGGUGGCGGGUCGGUGCUGAGCGCGGCGGAGCCAGCCCCUCACGCUAGCUAUGGGGGCACCAUCUCGGUGGAGACCGACCUGCUGCAGUGGUGCCUGGAGUCGGGCAGCAUCCCCAUCCUGUGCCCCAUUGGGGAGACAGCCGCGCGCCGCUCCGUGCUCCUGGACUCGCUGGAGGUGACGGCCGCGCUGGCCAAGGCGCUGCAGCCCACCAAGAUCAUCUUCCUCAACAACACGGGCGGCCUGCGGGACAGCAGCCGCAAGGUCCUGAGUAACGUGAAUCUGCCCGCUGACCUGGACCUGGUGACCAGUGCGGAGUGGGUGAGCGCCAAGGAGCGGCAGCAGAUUCGGCUCAUCGUGGAGGUGCUCAGCCGCCUGCCCCACCACUCCUCGGCCGCCAUCACUGCCGCCAGCACGCUGCUCACCGAGCUCUUCAGCAACAAGGGGUCCGGGACCCUCUUCAAGAACGUGGAGCGGCUGCUGCGAGUGCGCAGCCUGGACAGCCUGGACCAGGGCCGCCUGGUGAACCUGGUCAACACCAGCUUCGGCAAGAAGCUGCGCGAGGACUACCUGGCCUCGCUGCGCCCGCGGCUGCACUCUGUCUACGUCUCCGAGGGGUACAACGCUGCCGCCAUCCUGACCACGGAGCCCGUACUGGGGGGCACCCCGUAUCUGGACAAGUUCGUGGUGAACUCCAGCCGCCAGGGCCAAGGCUCCGGCCAGAUGCUGUGGGAGUGUCUGCGGCGGGACCUGCAGACGCUUUUCUGGCGCUCCAGAGUGACGAACCCCAUCAAUCCCUGGUACUUCAAGCACAGCGACGGCAGCUUUUCCAACAAGCAGUGGAUCUUCUUCUGGUUUGGCCUGGCGGAUAUCCGAGACUCCUAUGAGCUGGUCAACCACGCCAAGGGGCUGCCGGACUCCUUUUGCAAGCCAGCGUCUGACCCAGGCAGCUGACCCUCACCACCAGCCUGCAGGCCCUGGGACAGCCAGGGUGGACCGAAAGCCAUGUCUGCUGGAGGUGACUCCAGGCAGCCACAGGCGGGACCAGGUUUGUUGGCGGGGUGAUCUGGAGGAGGAAGCAGCCCCUCCUCGACGCUGCCUGAGGCGGGAGGCGAAGUGGGACGAGCACAGGAAGAGUCCAUCCAAGACCUCCACUUGCUCCAAAGCCACCUCCAGAUGGCCUUCGAUUUUCAGUCUAGGGGUCUGGGGGGAGGGGAGGGGUUCCCUUCCCGGGCUCUACUCGGGGCUAAACUUUAGAGUAGGUCAGUUUCUGUGGCUUCUGUGCUGUUUCGAGGCUCCCUCGUUGAUCUUCUAUCACUCAUUUUCAUUCCUUUGGGUGUUGCAACUUUUCAGGAGGCCUUGAUUAAAAUGAAAAUACUUGUCUGAGAGUUAGCUCACACUGGAAAGGAGCAGUGGCUCUCUGGGAGCAAGAUCUUGUGGGCUGGGGAACCAGGGGACUUCUAGAGUAGAGGAGCUAAAUGGGAUGGAGGCCCCCACGAUGAAUGCUGCCACCAUGUCCCUCAAUGCAACCCCGAGGGGCUCCCCUAUUCCUAAGUUGGGGAACAUCCUCCAUUCCACAGACCAGACCGACAGCAGUCCCAGCUCCCUUUCAGGCAGGGCACAGGACGCCUGCAGCCCCCUAGAGGCUGUGUCCCCAUCUUUGUGGGAGCAGACAGGCAGUAGCCCAAAGCUGGAGGUUUCAUUGAAUAUUUCUGACCCCCCUGAUGUUCCAGGUACCACACUGGUUGCUGGGACUACCUUCUGCCAGGAGGUGCAUGGAUGAGUAGGGAGAGGGCCCAUUAAGAGGCCACCAUAGCACAGCAGGGACUGAGAACCAAACCCCAAGAGCAGCCCGUCUUCCCUCAGAAGGGUGAUGUUCAGUAUACAUCUGGGCGAUGGCAUUACACGGCCUGACCUGCAAUCCAGCUCUGUGGCUGGGUUUGCCCUGUGGCUUGAGGCAAGCUGCUGACCUUCUCUAGUCUCCAUUUCCCUAUCUGUAAGACGUAAAUCCCUUGGCCUCACAGUGGACACUUAAUGUUAGUUCUCCCCUCAAGGUUGCUCUAAGGAUUUAUUCAAAAACAGCUGACAUCAAUGCAGAGGAAAAAUAAGCUACAAUAAGGAUUGAGGUGAGAGGUCAACAGAACAUACUACAGGGAGGAUGAGAUCCCUGAAGAGAGCCAAAGGACUGUGGGAACUCUCAGAAUAGGGGCACGAUUACGGCAGGGCCUUGAGGGAGCUUACCAGAUAUGUUCUUUCAAGAAACCCAAGAUCAAUCCCAGCCAAUGGCAAAGUGUCCCGUGGGGAGAACAGAGAAGCAAAGCCAAAUGUCUGUAUAAAAUGUUUAUUUUU